AUGCAACACUGCCAAGCACAUAAAGCACAAGAGGAGCCAGAAACAUUUCAAGCACUGCAUGCUGAAGAGUCUCCCAAUUGGAUCACUGAAAACCUGAAGGUGAUAUGGAUCACUAAAUUUCACAAUUUUUCUAAGGAAAGCUUGGGAACCAAUGGAUAUAUUAUAAACGAGAACCGUCCAUAUGCUGUACAUGAUUCAAAUGCAAAUAUUAAGAGACUAAACCCAUAA